UCACACGGCGCAGAUGAGCAAGAAGAUUCCACCAUCACUGCGUGUAUUAAUAGAAUCCCCACGUAUCCUAAAGUUGGGCGUAGGGAUCGAAGAGGAUGCCGCGAAAGUGCGACGUGACUUUGGGAUUGAGUUCCAUGGAGCCGUCGAGCUCACUUUUCUUGCCAGAACGUUCAAUUCUUCCUUUACUGGAGACCACCCCAAAAGCCUUAUAUCCCUUGCGAGGCUGACUGAACACUAUAUAGGGCUACCUCUGAAAAAGUCGAAAAAGGUGGUACUGAGCAAUUGGGAGUGUCCUCUUACGGAGAACAUGAUCAAAUGUUAGCGAUUUUGCGGUGAUCUUUUUGUUACUGACUGGUUGGACUUAGAUGCUGCGAACGAU